AUGAAAUUAAACGAUCAAAAUAGCAACAGUCAAUUGACUAUCUUUCCCUCUGCUUACAAUACAAAUAUGACUGCAGCAUACAAAUACUUAUCAAGGGAGUCAAGUGUAAUGAAAAACGAUAAAUCAAUUUUAAAAUCUCCAUCGUCCAACUAAUUAUAUUGUGCAUCAAAUAGAGGGAGUGACAAGAAAGUGAGAAUUCAAGAAUCUGCUUCUAAAGGGUCAAUACAAUUUAAAAAUUCAGCAUAAUUUGGUCGAACCUCAACUGACUUAAUUUAAGUUCCUCCGAUGAGAAGUCUUAACAGAGAGGAUCGAGAAAAACUAAUAGCCACUCUAAUUCAAUAGGUUAAAUAGCAGAAUUAAUUAAUUAUACAAUUGGAAGAUAAAGCCUCACAGUAAGCUGAACAAUUAGAUGAGUUGAAUCUAUAUAAUGAGAAAUAUGAGCAAAAGGAAAAAUGUUAUGGAGAGAUAAUUUAAAAUUAAAACAAAAUAAAUUAAAGAAUCCAUUAGAUAGCAGAGCUCAGGGAAUUGGAGUUUAGAUAAACAAAUGAUCAUUUAGACAUCUUAAAUUAGAUAUACGAGGAUGAGGUUGAUAUGGAUAUGGCGAUUAAAUGGAGAAAUGCCAGAUUGAAAUUCAAUUUUCUGGAUGCAUUAUCCAAGGCUGCUAAAUACUCUAAAAAGUUGAAUAAAAUUGUAUUAAGAAAAUAGAAUCAAAAAUUGAAAGAGUGUUUUAAGGGGUGGAAAUAUUAUAUUCAAAAUAAAUCUUUAUUGACUUAAUUUAAUGAAGUAAGAAAUCUAAGGAUUGUAAUUAAUUUCUGGAUGAAAUGGAAAUAAUAAAUUUAGGAUAAAAAAGAGUAUUGCAAGAAUCUCAAAACAGCAAUUCAAUUUAAUAAUCAGAAUUUAAAAACAAAAUGCUUUGGAAAAUUGAAAUAGAAUUAUCUAAAAUAUAAUUUUAGUCUUAAGGACUUUUAGUAAAUCACCUAAUCUGCUAUUGAUGAAUUUAAGAGAAUCAAAUUGUUUAAAGUUUUCAGUUAGUGGAUUCUCUGGAUUAAGAAAGAGAAUUAGAAAUAGUAAAUAAUAUAUCAACACAUUAAUAAUGGACGCACUAAAAUGAUGAAAGGAGUGAUCAGAUUUUUGAAAUAGAAUUGUGAUUUUCAUAAGGAAAGAGCUAAUAAAAUAGUAAAAUAGAGAGUUUAGACGAAAGUAUAAAAACUUUUUAAUUAAUUGAAACAAAAUUGGAAAUAAAAUAAAUAUAGAGAGAAUUAAAUCAAGUUAAAUAGGAAUUUCUUUAUUAAGUUUAGACAAGUCAAAAAGUGGAUAAGAGAGUAUUAAAAGUUAUCGAGAUUGAAUCAGAUAAGCAUUAAAGUAGUGAAGAAGAGGGAGAUCUAAUUUUUAUAAGGAUUAUUUGAUGCUUUGAAAAACAAUGCUUACUAUAGGAAAAUGAAGAGAUAAAAUGAAAUAUUGUUGAAUAAGAAGUAUGAUAAUCGAGUAUUGAAUUGGGCAUUUAUGCAUUGGUUAAGCAAUCUCUUAAAGAAGAAGAAUUUAUUGGUAAAAGAAUAGAAUGUAGUCAUUUUGAAACAAAAGGAUAUUGAUUAUUAGUAAUAAAAUGAUGUAUAGAACUUAAAAUAAAUGUACAAUAGUGUCUAAUAGGAAUUGGGAAGUUAGGAAGAGUAAAUCAAUAAUUAUAAAAUAUUGAUAUCUAAUCAAAAAGAAGUAGAGCAUCAGUUGUAAAUGCAAUACGAUUAUUUGAAAUAGGAGUUGGUGUAAACAAAGGAUCAAUUGGUUCACUAUUAGAUCAAGGGUGAUGAAGUAAGGAUUUUGAAAGAGUAGUAUACAUUAGCUUAAUAAUAGUUGAAAGAGUUGAGAAUGCAAAAAAGAUUGGGAUCUCCAAUUAGAAAUUUAUAGAGUAGCGGGAUAAAUGGAGAAUAGGAUCAAUUAAGGAAGUAGGUGGAGAUCAGUUCUACAUUGCUGAACGAUCAGAAAUAAGAGUAUAAUUCAUUGUAGAUGGAAUAUUCGAAAGUAGUGGGAGAUUACGAGAAGAAGAUCAAAGACAUAGAGAAAUACUUUGUGGAUUUAUGUGACAAAUAGAAGUUGUAGAUUGAGAGAUUGUUGAAAGAGAAUCAAUCUAUUAAAAUUGAAAACCAGCAGAAUGUUGUUUCUAGGAAUAAAUUAAUGGAUGAAUUGAAUAUGAUACAUGAGUCAUUUAGAGAGGAGAUUCCACAAUAACAUCGCACUAAUUUUCAGACUCAAGAUUCUUAUGAAUAAUAAUAGUAUGGGUAGAAUCAAAGAUUAAAGUCAAAUUUAUAUAGUCAGACAUCACCAAUUUCAGUAAAUUAAUAUUCUCAAAAUUCUCCAUAAAAAUAAGUCUAGAUUGAAGAUAGGAUAAAAGAAGAAGCAUACAAUUUAAGAGAAGAUAUAAAAAGGCGAUUGGCUUCUUUAAAGACUCAGAUGGAUUGCUAAUUGUGA